GACGCGUUCUGUGUGCGCAAAAGCCGAGUUUAAUAUCCCGUCACGUGGCCUUCUAGCGGAGCUGGAGAAGGUUUCUGAACGCAGCUUGACAAGUGGAACAACGCAUCCCCUCCCCCCGACAUGCGGCAUCACAUGUGAUAAAAGGCGGGAAGAGAUCAGCUCGAUCAGCUGGAUCGCCUGGAUCAACAAUAAAGUUGUCAUGUGAUGUUGAUACCCGCGGAACGCCGUUUUCCAAUCGUUUAGUUAAUCAAUUAAUUUGUACAUCGCGUGAUCAACGUUGGAUAACGCGAUGGCUGACGAAUAUCCGGAUCCAGACGAGGAGUUCGAUUUUAUUCAUCAGGCGGACUAUGAGGCUCUAAGAGAACUGGAAGAUGCUGAAAGUGAACUGCUUGAGACGAGACAAUUGUCGCAGCCUCGCCCUGGUUCUAGCGGAGCGUCUCGGCCAGCUAGCGAGAAUAAACGUCAAGCAGAUGUCGAAGUUUCUGCGCCUGUUAAUCUUAAUGAAGUCAACAACGUAGCUAGCGAUAAUAGAAAACGCAAUUAUGAAGAUUUCUCUGAAGAUUUGCAUGAUGAUAGCACACCUGGCACGAGUAAAAACCGCAAUUGCGACGAAUUGUUUGGUGACAUCUCUGAUUUGUUGGACACGAAUUUCCCAGUUGACGGCGACAUUGUGGAAGAACCGAGAGAGAAGAAGCUUCGGUGGGAUCAACCUAAAGAUAUCAUUAAGAAAAUAUUGAAUGUAAGACAGUUGUUGCAUGAACAUAAUGGACCCACGUCGGUGAAGCUGAGUCACAAUAACAAGAAAAAUUCCAUUUCUCUACGAGUUCCACCGUGGAAUUUUGUGGCUGUCACAAGGUCGUAUGAUUCUCAACGCUUGUACGUCAGAGUCAGGAAUUUGCAGAGUGAUAUCAAGCAGUCCAAAGGGCCGAUUGCUAAUCUGUCUUCGACGCCUUAUAAACAAUUGAAACUCCAGGCCGAAGAAAUUAUGGCUAAAAAACGGGAGUUAUCGAGUCAGCCGUCAGCCGAUGUGACAACGAAGAACGUGAUGAACGAUGAAUUGUGGGUCGAUAAGUAUCGGCCUCGAUCGUAUGUAGAGCUACUGUCGGACGAAACUGUUAACAGACAAUUCUUACAUUGGCUGAAACUUUGGGACAAAGUGGUAUUUAAUCGAAACCCCACGAAGCCAAAGAGAAAGCAGCAGCCUUUGUUUGGAAAGAGAAAUAACGUUGACGACGAGAAAGAGAUCGAGGAAGUGGAUAGCAAAGGAUAUCCGAUAAAGAAGGUAGCCUUGCUCAGCGGUCCACCUGGAUUGGGUAAAACGACUCUGGCACACAUAGCAGCCAGACACGCCGGUUACAACGUUGUGGAAGUCAAUGCGAGUGACGAAAGGACUCCGGAUGCGUUUAGACAGAUUCUCCUCGCGUCAACGGAAAUGAGGGCCGUGAUGGGCGCCGAUCCCCGUCCGAAUUGUUUAAUCUUCGACGAGAUCGACGGUGCACCGGCCGCGUCCAUCGAACUUCUGUUAAAGUUCAUUCAAGGCAAACUAAUGCCGAAGAAUAAAAAGGGAAAGAAACAAAACGUGGAGAAAACGUCCGAUGGCUCUACGCGUCCUAUAGUGUGCAUUUGUAAUGAACUGUAUGCUCCGUCGUUAAGAGCUCUAAGGGCCGUCGCCGUAAUAAUUCCCGUACCGGAAGUAAGUCCUUUAAGAUUGGCAGAACGCCUGAUGGAGUUGGCAAGAAAGGAGAAGUUAAACGUGGACUUCGGCGAUCUCGUAAAAGUAGCGGAAAGAUCCGGCUGUGAUGUUCGAACUUGCAUUGGGGCGUUACAAUAUAUGGGCAGCACCAAUUUGAGAGAUAAUUUAUCUCUAGGCCUGAAAGAUACUCGUAAGAAUUUGUUUGAUUCGUGGAAAAGUAUACUAACGAUUCCUAUGAACCGAGAAGGGGUACUUCCUAUUUCCGAAAGGAUUCACAAUAUUUUGAGGACUGUGCAAAAUGGUGAAAUGGAAAAAUUGGCACAAGGAAUAUUUCACAAUUAUCCUGAAGUUUGUGACCGGAAGCUUGAUAACGUACCCAUGUCUCUGGAAUGGUUUCAAUUCUAUGAUUCAGUAACGUCGCUCGUUGCACACAAGCAGAUUUGGUCGCUUAUGCCCUACACGAAUUAUGGAUUUAUUGCGUGGCAUUUGCAUCUUGCACGAAUACAGAAAAUGAAAUUAUCAUAUCCCACAAUUAACAGCGAAAUAUUUCAAAAAUCAGCGAAGAACACCGGUAUUUUAACGGCGAUACGAAAAGUGUGCGGACAUGACGUUUUUACUCUGACUAUCGACGUCGCUGGUUUUAUGUCGGACAUCCUAGCGCCCAGAUUGCGCACAGUUCCGUCUCAUUUGUAUUCGCCAAAAGAGAAGUCUGACCUCGCCAGAAUAAUAAACGUGAUGCUGGAUUUCGGUUUGUCGUUCGUGCAAGAGAAGAAUCCUCAGGGAGGAUAUAUCUACAAUUUAGAUCCUAAUAUCUUGGAAGUUGGCGUUUUUCCUGAUUGCAAGGCGCAUCGAAAUCUGACGUACGCGGUACAGCAGAUAAUCGCGCAGGAGUUGGAGGUCGAACGUUUGAAGCGCGCGAGCAUUUUAACGGGGCUCGGUGGAGUCAACUCGGAGAUUCCGGCGAAUCCAAAAAAGCCAGAAACUACAGAAAAUAUUCAGAAUAGAUCUUCCAAUCUUCCGAAUAAUAAGAAUAAUACGAAACAAUCUACAAACGAAGAAAAGAAGCCUUUAAAAGAAAUAGUGUACAAAGACUUUUUCGGAAAUAUCAUUACGAGUGAGAAGCAGAAUAAAGCGGUGAAUCGUAUAUCCCCGAAGUCACAGAAAAAUUACUCCCUGAUGCAGAACAUUUUAACGAAACACGGAAUAUGGUACAAAUAUAAAGAAGGUUGCAACAACGCCGUUCGCCGGAGUGUGUUUAUGAAGAAAUUUUUAUAAAUAGACGGACUUAAUUACAAACUGCAAGAGGAGAAAAGAGACGUACCAUCGACACUAAGGAAGUUCCUAGCGGUUGAUGCUUAUUUGACCAACG